UCUCAGUCCUGUGCUUAAUAGCUACUGAUGCCCCUUUCCUCCAAGAAUGUGUCCAAUCCUGUUUUUUAAUCUGGUUAAACUCUUGACAGCUAGAGAAGUGCAACAGCAAACUGGAGAUAAUGCUGCUUGUUUUACUGCCACAAAUCAAGCUUGUCCAUGAAUAUAUGGAGAGGGGACACGUUCCUUUAGCAGCCAGAGUCAUGCGGUCGUGCUGUUGCCUGUCAGAUCGUUGUGCCUGGUGUUGCAAAACGCUUUCAUCAUUGCCACCAGCGUGAAGUGGAAGGAGCUAUAACUCUCCUGCCUAGCAAGCACGCCUGGUAUGGGUAAUGGUGUGAAGGAAGGGCGAGUGGGUCUCAAACAGAGCAAUGUGGAGCCGAUUGUGGCCGCCCGUCUCCUACCUGAGGGGGGUCCAGAGAAGAAGAACGUGCUCAAUUCCCUGAUGUCUGGUGCCUUGGCUGGUGCCGUGGCCAAAACGGCUGUUGCCCCACUGGACAGGACAAAAAUCAUGUUCCAAGUGUCUUCAAAAAGAUUUUCUGCCAAGGAAGCCUACAGAUUCAUCUACCGCAGCUACCUCCAUGACGGCAUCUGGAGCCUGUGGCGCGGCAACUCAGCCACUAUGGUCCGGGUCAUCCCAUACGCUGCCAUCCAGUUCUGUGCACACGAAGAGUACAAGCAUCUCCUGGGCAGCUACUAUGGUUUCCAUGGAAAGGCGCUACCUCCCUUCCCGAGAUUCAUUGCCGGAUCGCUGGCAGGCAUGACAGCAACCAUGCUGACUUACCCUCUGGACAUGGUCCGGGCACGGAUGGCAGUCACACCAAAGGAGAUGUACAGCAACAUCAUUCACGUCUUCAUCCGCAUCUCUCAGGAGGAAGGGCUGAAGACCUUGUACAGGGGUUUCACACCUACCAUCAUCGGUGUGAUCCCAUAUGCUGGCCUCAGCUUCUUCACCUACGAGUCACUGAAGAAACUUCAUGCAGAUCACAGCGGGCGCUUGCAGCCGUACCCCGUGGAGCGGCUCCUGUUUGGGGCCUGUGCGGGCCUGAUUGGCCAGUCAGCCUCCUACCCCCUGGACGUGGUGCGUCGGCGCAUGCAGACGGCCGGGGUCACAGGGCACACGUACAGCUCCAUCCUCCUCACCAUGCAGGAGAUCAUCCGUGAGGAGGGACUGGUCCGAGGCCUGUACAAAGGGUUGAGCAUGAACUGGGUCAAAGGUCCCAUCGCCGUGGGAAUCAGCUUCAUGACCUUUGACCUGACACAGAUCCUACUCCGAAAGCUGCAGCACCGCAUGGACGUCCAGAGGUAGUUUCUGUCCCGAGCAUUGGGAGAGGGGGGCUGCAGUGCCUGUGGAAAGGCAGGAAACACCAUCACGUCCCGCCACUGCCGAGGUUUGACAUGGUGAUUUUCUUGUUGUAAUGAGCCUCUGAGUUAUCUGGAAUUAACCCAUCCCCAGGUGAACACCCCGGCCCCUCCUGGUCUGGGUAGGCUGCCACCUCCUUGUGUUUAACACUUUGAUGCUAGGAGCACACCAAGCUGAAGGUGGGCUCCUGGCUUGUAGAAGAAGAGGUGCCCCUCCUUGGAUCCUGCCAGCAAUCUCUCUGCCUGGCAGGCAGGCCUUGGCCGUGCCAUGCUGUGGGUCUGAGGUGAGUGCCUGGCCGGGCUGACUGAAGCAGUUGGAUCUCCUCUGAAACAGAUGGGGCUGUGCUGAAUGCCUCCUGCACCAAAAGGCGCUGUGUACACCCACCACCCCUCUUCCUUUCCACUUCCGUUGUGGUCUCGUUGUUGCCUGUCUAACACCCCACAUCUGAGCCCGUCUAGAGCCAGCAGAGGCUGCGGCUGGCAUGGAAAGAGCUAAGAGCACCAACUUGGAGCUCCUGUGCCUGUCCUCAGCUGGGGCUGGGAUCAAAUCAGAAUGUGAAUGGGGGGCAAAAGCAGGCCAUCUCUAUAAGUCUCCCCCCUUGUCCCUAAAGGCAGCAUUUCCCAAGGGUUUUAGCAGAUCCCAGUAUUAGGACUCAAGAGAGGUAAGAGGGGAUGCUGCCUGCUCAAAGCACCCCCUGCUGCCCCCACACACAGUAUUAUCAGGCCUGCUUUAUCAGCACUGCAAGAACAAACAUUGUGUAGGGGUGUGUAUGCGCAUGCAUGGUGCAGACCUGUCGCUGUCCUCUGUGGUGGCUGCAUGAAUGGGAUUGACCUAACAUUUACCUCCUGCUGCAGAGCCACCCUGCUGUGUGGCUGGGCACUGCCUGGGCUUGAGCAGCCUGGCGGGUUCACUUGGGCUCUGGCAGUUUUCCCCUGGAGUUCUGUGGGGCCAGCUCGGCCCUGGGGCGUCCUGCGCGGGCUGCUGUGGCCCCGUGCUGGGCUGAGCUGCAAGUGUGAAACGGAUCCCAAAGCAUGUCUGAAUGUGACUGGGAGGAGGGCUCUGUGAAGUGGUGCUUUGAGGGGCUGCUGCACACUCUUAUACCCACCUCUCUUCUCCAGGCAGCUGAGGCCCAGGGGGAGGUCUCUCCUCAGUCUGGCAGGGGUGCUGCUUGUGGGGGAAACGUGGAGGGGAUGAAGUUGGAGGCAGGCAGACUCCAGCAGGAUCCCUGCCACCCCCAGGCAUGAUAUUCUGUUGUCCUUGCAUUGCUCUGGCUGGCUUAGGUCUCUGUGCUUGCUCCUGGAGCAGGCUGUACUUUCAGUGCCAAAUGUUUUCCAGCAUGAGUACAUGUGACAGGUGCCUGCCUGAUCCCCUGCGGUGCGGUGGGCCAAGCUGCUAACUUGCCUGUUGGCCUCAGUGUUACCUCCACAGCAGCGCACAGGUGAGGUGAGGCCUCAGUGGGGUCUGCCUGUGAGCGUCAGCCAAGGUGAUCCCCAUCCCACUCACUGCCUUGUCUUAGAAGUAAAUUGCUGUCACCUGGUGUUUGUGCUGUCAUGUGGCUGCACAGGCCAUGUGUCUGUGGCAGGAGACAGAGGCCAGGCUUUUCCUGAUGCCACCAUGCAGGCGAAGCUCCACUUGUCCCUCUGCAGGGACUUGAGCCAUUCCCUGUCCCAGCGGAGACGCUGCCCGUGUCCGUAGUCAGUUGGGACCCUCAGGGGCAGUACUGCACGAUGACAAGAGAUGCAGAGGAGCAGCUGGGGCUCUGCAGAGCUGUCUUGGCAUGGCCGGGCAGCUGUCAAGUUCAUCCGAUCCCUCUGGGCUCCUCUUGGGGCCUGCUGUGCUAUAGCCGCUGCUCCUGGGAGUGAAGCAGCACUGAGGGGGCGCAGGAGGUGGCUGGGUGGUUGCCCUGCGCUGCCCCUCUUGCCCCUCAGACUGGUAGUGCCAGUCUGAAAGGGCCCUGGAGCAGAGGAGCCUGGUGGGACACGGCCUUUGGCUGGGGAACCUGGGGAUGCAUGGGGCAAGGGGAGGGGGCAACUGAGGCCUCUGCACCAAACCUCCAUGCCCCAGCGCGAGCCUGAAGGUGGGUCCAGGUCUGUUGGUGCCUGGCUCCAGGGAGCCUCCUUCCUGGCUGCAGCUGAUUCUAUCUUAAACUCUAGUUUCAGCCUAAUAUUUUCCCUGACUUUCAGGCCCAUGUUAGCUGAGAAACAGGCCGUUUCCUGUCAGUCAUGGCAACUUCGGUGUUCUUCCAUUGCUUACAUAAGUGUUCUUGGAGAGACCGUGUGUGUGUGUGUGUGUGUGUGUGUGUAAGAAUGGACGUGGUGGGGGGCGUGUACUGAAACAUCUUUGAACUUUUUAUCAAGUGCCAUUCGCUCACUUUCUCCCCUAAAUGCCUGCGUCCUUUCCUGUCAGAGCCUUGCACACAACACCCCUCGGCUCUGUGCAGCUAUCCCCUCCCUGGCCGGUGAAGGUGCGUGAUCUUCCAGGAGUUUGGAGGGUCGAAUGAAAGAGACCCAGGUAGGAAAUACAGGGAGGGGCUGAUCCAUUGGAGGCAAGCCCCUGGCUCUUGCAUAUGCCCCAGAGGCCUCUCCAUGGGCUCUCUGGGAGCACAGGGCUUGAGUGAGGCAGCUGGCCACAGGGUAGGGUGGUCAGGCCUGCAGCAAUGGCAAGGUGGGUGGCAGAUCUGGGUGCAUGGAGAGCUUACUGGAGGGCAGGGUGCCCUGGAGCAGCUGUAGCAGCUGGGAGCAAGGGGUGGAAGCGCGGCAAGGCAUGUAGCGAAGGCAUGUCUGCUGGUGCUGUGGCAGUCGUUCUUACAAGCGCAGUUGGGCUGCGUGGCUGUGCAGAGUGGUAUAGGCCUGUCGCAUAACUCGGGCAGCUCUUGUCUCAGCCAGGCUGGCACCAGACAGGUGCAGCAUCUCCCUGGGAGCAGCGGUUUGAGUGAAGUCUGGCACCAGGGAGCACAGCUGGCAAAGGCAGGGAAGCAACAUUGCACUGGCAGUGGGAACUGCCUGGUGCGGUUCCUUCCAUUCUGCUCGGGGCCAAGACAGCAUAUUAUGGCCUGGCCUGGCUGGGGCCAGGGAAGGGAAGUUGUGAAUAAAAUCAGUCCUGUCCUCGCAACAUCCAGUUCUCCCUUCCUCCUCCCCGCACCCUGCCUGUGUGGUCUAUGCAUCGAGCACAAACCCUGUCCAAUGCCUUUGGUUCAGAUGUGUCCCCGCCAUGCGUAGGUGCCUGUGUGUGUGGGCAGAUGGAUGGCCCUCCUGGGAGCCGGAGCUCUAUUUUGAUGCCGUGAAGACACUUUGUUACAGAAUGUUUGUAUCUAUUUUAUGAUUUGUGCCAAGAGAGGAUGUAUAUUUAAUAAAAAACAAAACCCGCCUCA